AUGGCCGCGGCGUCGCUCGCCCGCCUCUUGCCGCUCCUCCUCUCCCUCCUCCUCCUCCUCCUCGCCGGCGCCGCGCGGGGCAAGACGGUGAAGAGAGACGUGAAAGCGUUGAACGAGAUCAAGGCUUCACUAGGCUGGAGAGUUGUCUACUCAUGGGUCGGCGAUGACCCUUGUGGGCAUGGUGACCUUCCCCCCUGGUCCGGUGUGACAUGUACUCAGCAAGGGGAUUACAGAGUUGUCACGGAACUGGAAGUCUAUGCUGUGUCCAUAGUUGGUCCAUUCCCUACAGCGGUAACAAACCUGCUGGAUUUAAAAAAACUGGAUCUCCACAAUAAUAAGUUGACGGGGCCAAUUCCUCCACAGAUUGGACGGCUGAGACACCUCAAGAUAUUGAACCUGAGGUGGAAUAAGCUUCAAGAUGUGCUACCGCCCGAAAUUGGUGACCUAAAGAAACUCACACACUUGUAUUUGAGCUUCAAUAACUUCAAAGGUGAAAUUCCCGUGGAGCUUGCAAACCUACCAGAACUACGCUAUCUUUAUCUCCAUGAGAACCGCUUUACUGGGCGGAUCCCCCCUGAGCUCGGAACUCUCAAAAAUCUUCGUCACCUUGAUGUUGGUGGCAACCACUUGAUAGGCACUCUGAGGGAUGUCUUCAGCAUUGAGAAUGGCUUCCCCUCCUUGAGAAACCUAUACGUUAACAAUAAUCAAUUGGCUGGAGUGGUGCCAGAUCAGAUUGCGAAUUUGACCAACCUUGAGAUCUUGCACUUGUCCAAUAAUAGGCUGAUUGGAUCGAUAUCGCCAAAGCUAGUUCAAAUUCCAAGAUUGACAUAUCUGUAUUUGGACAAUAACAACUUCAUUGGAAGGAUUCCCGAAGGAUUAUACAAGCAUCCAUUUCUGAAGGAGCUGUACAUUGAGGGGAACCAGUUUAGACCAGGAAGCAGAUCAAAAGGAAUGCACAAGGUGCUCGAGUUGCCCGAGGCCGACCUCUCGGUUUAA